CAUUACACUCCCAUAAUACCUUGCGUGAGUCCGUUCACUGACAGUCGUUUUGGUAGAAUCUUUCCUCUGAAGGCUCUUCGAUGUUAUACACGUGGGGAGUUUGAACACAUCGCUACCUCGCUAAAGGUGAAGAUCCAACUCCGAGGAUGACGAGUGAGGACGUGGAGCGGCUGUUGAUCCAGUUUCAGGAUGAAGAAGGGGAGGUUCUGGGUUCACCUUUUGAUGUGCCUUUGGACAUCACUCCAGACAAACUACAGCUCGUCUGCAAUGCACUGCUACAGAAGGAGGAGCCAGUGCCACUGGCAUUUUUUGUGCGCGGAGAGGCUGAGGUGGUGUCCAGUCUGAGAUUGUGUGUGCAGGCUCUUGGGGUUGAGACAGAGCAAGUUCUGCCAGUGGUGUACCAGCCUCAGGCUGUGUUCAGGGUUCGAGCUGUGGCCCGUUGUACCAGCACACUACAGGGACACACAGAAGCCGUCAUCUCGACUGCUUUCAGCCCCACCGGCAAAUACCUUGCGAGCGGUUCAGGUGAUACCACAGUGCGUUUUUGGGACUUGAUGACAGAGACACCCCACCACACUGCCAAAGGACACACACAUUGGGUACUGAACAUCGCCUGGUCACCCGAUGGCAAGAAGCUGGCUUCAGGGUGCAAGAACAGUCAGAUCUGUCUGUGGGAUCCAGUGACGGGUACACAGUUGGGAAAGACUUUGACUGGACACACCAAGUGGAUCACUUGGCUCAGCUGGGAACCUCUCCAUCUUAACCCAGAGUGUCGGUACUUGGCCAGUAGCUCCAAGGACGGCUCAAUACGUGUCUGGGACACUGUGUUGGGGCGCUGUGAGAAGAUCCUCACUGGACACACUCAGUCAGUCACCUGUGUAAAGUGGGGCGGAGAUGGACUUCUUUACACAUCCUCCCAGGACAGAACAAUUAAAGUCUGGAGAGCCAAAGAUGGUGUCCAGUGCAGGACUCUACAGGGUCACGCCCACUGGGUGAACACCUUGGCUCUCAGCACAGACUACGUUCUGCGCACUGGAGCUUUUGAACCUGCAACCGCCACUGUCAACCCCCAGGACCUAACUGGAUCAUGUAAGGAUCAUGUAACUUUCUUUAAGGAAACAGCCUUUACUCCUGUUUGCGUGCUGCAGGGUUCAGCUCCAGAGCGCUUGGUGUCUGGAUCCGAUGAUUUCACCUUGUUCAUGUGGAACCCUGCAGAAGACAAGAAGCCUCUGGCCAGGAUGACUGGCCACAGCGCUCUGGUCAAUGAAGUGCUCUUCUCCCCAGACGCCAGGCUCCUCGCCUCUGCUUCAUUCGACAAGUCCAUUAAAAUUUGGGACGGACGCACAGGAAAGUACUUAACUUCCCUGCGUGGCCAUGUGGCAUCUGUGUAUCAAGUGGCGUGGUCAGCGGACAGCAGGCUGCUGGUCAGUGGCAGCAGUGACAGCACACUUAAAGUUUGGGACAUCAAGACUGGGAAGCUGAACAUGGACCUGCCUGGCCAUGCUGAUGAGGUUUAUGCAGUGGACUGGAGUCCUGAUGGACAAAGAGUGGCCAGUGGCGGGAAAGACAAAUGUCUCAGAAUAUGGAGACGAUAGCCACACCUCUGUUCACUUAACUAACUUUGGCAGAGGAUUUCACAUCUUCUCCUAUCAAGAUGCCUGACAGCUGGAGUAAAGGUGGCUACACUGUACCUAAUCCCCCAUUUGGCUUCAGUACACAGGCUGUCAACAAUAGCAUUGUGUCAAGGAGCUCUAACCCAGUUAUGAUGCAAAUGCCCUCUCCAGGUUUCGAAAACCAUGUGGGAAUAUUAAUGCUGUAAAGGUGUUUAGCGGAGUGGGAAUGUAAAAUGGGAGAGUUUAUAAUAUUCAGGGCUUCCAUCCAUUGAGAUCAUUGCAAGGAGAAGCUACGCUGUAAAAUGUGUGUCAGUGUUAGCAUCUCAAAUUGAAAGGGUUUCCAUUCAUGUACAUGCUGUUUUGUACACAUCAGGGGUGCUGACAUGUUGCAAAGAACUUAACUCUUAAGUUUAAAACCUUAUUAAAAAGUCAUGCCCAUCUGCUGAAACCCACAAACAAUGUUAUGCAUUUAAAAAUAAAUACAUAACUUCAAUACAGAAUAUAAUGUAAUGAGAUGCAUACAUAGAGAUUAAAAAGGGAUUUGACUGUACUAGGUGAACUAUAUACUGUAGGUGACAGGCGGACCUGUGAGGCAACAGGUGGGAGUGUUUUGAUACCAUCCUCUGUGAUGUUAAUGCCGACCGCUCGUCCUGCACCUUCAGCCUUUAAUCUCCUCUGUCCUCUGUCUGCGCUCAGCAAAGCCUCAGCCUGCUGAUUUUUCUGACGCUGCGGUGAGGCCAAGUGCCACCAGCUUUUUACUCUCUGAUCCUCCAUCCCACUGAGAAAAAAAACAGACUCCCCAUUACAGUUAGAAUAACCUGUUUUACUUUCUGUAUUUAACCGGCUUUGUGAAUAUUUGAUAUGAAUAAAUAUUUACAUCACAACUUUAA